UUUAGCGAGCGAGUUAAGCGAUGAUUAGCGAAGCGAGCGGAGCGCUAAUUAGAUCCUAGUUGGAGCUGCAUGCUUUUUUCUUACUACUUUGGACUCGGAAGCGGAAGAGAGGCUGUCAGCAUGCAUGUGCAGCCUCUCUGGAUACACCUGGCGGUCGUUGCAGAAGCCAGAGCGAAAAUGUUAUAAAGACCCUGCGGUGAGCGUCAAGCUUCCUCGCUUCCUAGUGUGAGAAAUCUCCAACGUCCACCCACAAUGCCUUCCGCCCUCCUCUCGACCGCUGUCCUCGCGCUGGUCGCGCAGACAGCCCUCGCCCUGCCCGGCUGCGAUGGCAACUCCCACGGCAAAGACCCCCGACCACUCAUCCCCCGAGACUGCCCAAAGACCGCCAUCGGCUGCACCAACAGCACCUCGACCGGCCUCCCAUACUCGGGAUGCUGCGUCCCCGACCAGGGUCUCCUGGUCUUUGCCCAGAACUGGACCAUGGGUUACUGCCAAAGCGGCGCCACCUGUGCGAACGAGACGCUGAACUCGUUGCCAAAGAACGAGUUCACCAUCCACGGACUGUGGCCUGACUACUGCGACGGUACAUACAACACAUCCCCUCUUGGAUGUGACCCGGCCCGUGCGUACCACGAUGUGUCGGAGCGUAUUGCGGCCAACACGGUCGAGAAGGGUUUCGUUGAGAAGCUGAAGAAGGUGUGGAAGGGUGCGGAUGGAAGCUACGAGUGGAUGUGGUCCCACGAAUGGACAAAGCACGGAACCUGCAUGUCCACCAUCAACCCCACCUGCUUCAGCAAGGAAGUGCAGGCCGCCAACUCCUCCGCCGACGUCCUCACCUACUUCCACACCACCUACAAGCUCCGCGAGCGUUACGAGAUGGGCAAAAUCCUCCGCAAGAAGAACAUCGUCCCUUCCGCCACCAAGCCAUACAAAUUCGCCGAUUUUCAGGCCGCUAUCGAAGCUGAUACCGGUUACCCCGGCACACUUCAGUGCGUGAAGGUCAACGGAACUGCUUACCUGUCUGAGGUCUGGCUGUUCUUGAACGCUCGCCCCAACCUCAAGUUUGUGAGCCAGAUCCCCGUUAAGCUUUACAACUCUUGCCCCAACAAUACCGACAUCUGGUUCCUUCCCCAGCCCAAGAAGCACUAGAGGGUAUUGAUACACACUUCCUCACUAGAUUUUAGAUUGUAGUAGAUAGAACCACCCCGUACAUAUCGCCAACAUUGAAAAUCGAUUGAGUACUGGCCAACACACAAUCAGCCAGUUAUCGGUAUGCGAAGACUUGAAACUGUUCUG